CAUAGAAAAUAUACAGCCAUUACGUUGUUUUAGUUCAGUGGUAGCUUCAUUCUUCAACAGAUUCUUGAUCCAUCACAGCCUGGUUCAACAUUUAAUCAUUUAGGGCAUUAAUGGAUUUGAAGUACAUAAAGCAAUCGUUGAGGAAAAAGAGAUCAAACCGUGGAAAAGGGACGUGGACAUUCAUGGAAAGCAAGGCGAAUGAUGAUAAGAAAAGCAGCUUGAAGAAGGGUAAAGCUUACAGGCAUCCAACUUAUCGUGGUGUAAGGAUGCGAAGCUGGGGCAAAUGGGUAUCCGAAAUACGUGAGCCGAGAAAGACAUCAAGGAUUUGGCUUGGGACUUUCCCUACAGCAGAAAUGGCAGCUCGAGCCCAUGAUGUUGCCUCGUUAGCCAUUAAAGGUCCCUCAGCUCACCUGAAUUUCCCUGAGUUAGCUCACGAGCUUCCGAGGCCUGCUACUUCUUCCCGUAGAGACAUUCAAGAAGCUGCUUACAAAGCAGCCUACGCCAUGAUGGAUCAAGGAGAAAGCUUACGACUGAAGACGGAGGAACCGAGUCAAGACGUGACUCGUUCCGCGAGCUCCACCUCGAUGUCAUCGGAAUCUCAAGGCUCCCCAUUUUCUCAAUCGGUGGAUAGUGAUCAGAGUAUGUGGGUUGACCUACCUGAUCUCUCGGUCGAAGCAAAUUCGAGCCAUCGAUUCGGUUUCACUUCCUGGUGGCAACAGGCUGGAAUCGACACCGAGUUCCAGUUUGAGGACACAAGAUCACGGUGGGAUAAGUAGUUCAUCAUUGUGAGAUGUUAAGAACUGGGGUUAUUCGUAUCUUUCUUGCUUCACCAACUUUACCUGUAUAAACACCUUAAUCUAUAUCUCUAA